GGAAAGUGAAUAGCAGGAUGAGGAAGAAAUUAUCAAAGAAAAUGAAUGUGACGAGAAAGACAAUGACAAAUACUUUGUCUCUGUCGAAGCCGUCGCUAAUGAAUUUAAAGAGAUACAAAAAAACGUCUGUGCCUGCUGCCCUUUAAGACUGUGGACAGCGCUGAUGCUCAAAACACACCUGGAAGUGACGUCCCUCACAGCCACGGCACUAGUCCUGCUGCUGUGAGUGAGGAUCUGGAUGCUGAAACAGAAGCUAAAGUCUGCCCAGCUGGAACAGCGAGUUAUGCAAUGCCAGCAACGUUGGAUGUAGAGGAGGAUUGUGUCGUGUCGGCCAUCAGGGUAGAAUCCAAAUUCUCCGAUGAGGAGGACAGUCAUGGGAAGGAAUGCCCGUGUGUUUCAGCAGGAGGUCACACAAUAUCCAAACAUCACGUGCAGACAUGUUCCCCUCCUGCAGUUGAGGAGGAAGAAUUUGAAACAGAGUUUGGAAUUGAUGCUGACGACUCCUGGAACAGUGGAGAUGAAGAGGAGAAUCAAACUGGGGCACUUGGUUGCAACACAGUACUAGCAAAUCUGAGAAAUGUUGGUCCAGAGGAUGGAGUUGAAAGUACAGAAGGCUCCUCUAAUGCUGGAUCAAACCGAGAUGCUUUCAAAGGGGACAUACGCAGAUCGUCAUGGGGCUCCUCAUUAGAUGACUCCGAUCUACCCAAAGAAGAAGUGGUAAACACGCUUCAUCAGAAACGUGAUGCUGGAUCAUCACAUUUAAAACCAGAAGGAGCAACAAUGCAAUCAAAAAGCUCAAUACCUCGAUCAAACAAAGACCACUUGGAUACCUCAUGGGAUUCUUCAUUCCCAGUGGUACCAUCUCCAAAUUGUGUCUCACCUCACACUGUGAAAGGUGAACCUGUUCCCUCUUUGGGAUUAUGUUCAACCAGCACUCCUCUGUCCAAUAACAGACCAGCUAAAGCAACCGUAGAUGAAUCCGAGUGGGAUUCUUCUUCUGAAAAUAAUGACCCAAACGAUAAUGGCUCCUUCACUAAAGGUGAUUUGCUGUCAUCGCUUUCUAAAACAAAUAUUGCAACCGUCAACCAGACUGGACAGCUGCAAUGUGCUGAUGGCUCUUAUGAAGAAGCAAACAAAGAAAAUGUGGAGAACGAGUCAAAUGGCCGCUCCCAUGUGGUGUCACCAGUAGCUGAGGAUGAAAAAAACACCAGAGGCCAAACACAAGACAACGAUGACGAGGGAUCAAACCGACGGUCAUCACAAACGGAUGGAAAACUAUUCUCCGAGAAGGAGGAGGCCCAUGAUGAGAGUUGGGAUGAGAAAGAUGUCAGUGAUGAAUCAGGGACGUCGAGGCCGAGGAGUGCCAUAAACUGUGAAUCGGAAGAAGAAGAAGAAGACAGUGAAGCUCCUCCAUCCAUGGAGGAUGGAGACGAUGAGUAUCCAAAGGGUGACGGGCUGGAAGAGGAAAGGCUGGCAGGUGUUGAGAAGGACAAUGAGACAAGUGAGGACUCCGACAGCCUGGACCAGAAGCUGCAGUACGACUUUGCCAGCGCAACGGUCAAGGUGGCCGACGACGACGACGAAGAAAAUGAAGCCAGAUUGACUGCUUAUGUUCCUCUAGAAAAUAGAAGUGCCGUCGAUCCCCAGCCAAGGGUUUCAUCAGAUGACCUCGAUGAAGAAGCAGCAUGGGGAAAUGCUUCGUCGAGCCCCCCCACCAAAGGCGGUUUCACUGCCAGUCAGCUCUACGCUUCGGACGGGAGCGCCUGCUCCGAUGAAGCGGUGCCGCGGACCGACAUUGAUGAUGUUGACGUAGACUCGCCCGAUGAGGCAGAGAGCAUAGGCACGAGAAGUCAGAAGAACGAAUAUUCCAGUGAAGAUGAGGGUGAUGGUGACCAGGGGGAGGAAGACGUCUCAGACGAAAAUGAUGAACAUGGAGAGAGCAGAGAUUUCCUUCCCACCACUGCACUGGUUACUGAGAAAGACAUCUCUAAAGAUAAGAGACGAGAUUUCCUGUCUGAGCUGGGUCUGGAGAAGGAAGAGGAGGAGCAGGACUCUUGGGACUCUGAGUCUCACUCUGAAAACCCCAAUAUGCCACGUGCACGGAAACAAAGCAUGCACACUCAGGAUCAAGAACAGAUGCCCACCGUCAAGGCAAAGAGCAAAGAAAACUUGUUUUAUAUUCCCUCUUUUUUAAGAGGAGAAAGAGGCAAUGGGAUGGCGGUUCUAGAACCUCGGAGGAGUGUAGGCAGGCCAAGAGGCAGCCAGGUUGAGAUCAAUGAUGGGAGUAAUGGAGGUCAACAUGUUGAGGAAGAUGUUACCACACAGAAAGAGACUGAGAAGACUAAAUGGGAAACCCUUCGUGUUCUGAACAAACUUGAAGGAGAUGGCGAACAAAAGACGGACUUAAUGGAAGAGCUUGGUCUCGGUAAUGUUGAUGAUUUUGAAGAUGCAUCAGACUGGGACUCCGCCAGCACCGCCAGUAGGAGAACCCUGCCUGGGAGCAGAGAGCAGUUCCCGGAAUGCAUCUAUCCGUCUGUCAAAGAGCAGGAUGAGGAAGCUGUUCCGGCAGCACCCUUGACCCCUGAGAGGAGCAUCAACUCCCACAAGACGAUGCCCACCACGCCCCAGCAGCCUGGGCCCCAACCCCAACCCCUGCCUCGAGCAAGGAAGAUGGUGCUUCAGAAAGCAGAAAGUGAAGGAGAAUCCGAUUUGGAGCAAGACAAUGUUGAGUCCACCUGCAAUUCAGACAAAAUUCAGUUGCAAAAUAUAGCUGAGCUUCAGACAGGGGUCCCACCAGGUUUCCCUCAGCGACCACCGAUGGCCAAAGACAGUAAAAAGGUAGAGUUGCAAAAGGAGAUAGAUGAUGCAAUAGAUACAUGUGAGUUAGAUCUGAAUGGCCCCUGUGGAUCUGGCCCUGUGAGCUCCGGCGGUAGAGAGAGGGAUGCACACUUUAGAGCUCAACGCAACCCCGAAGAAAGAAACAAAGCGGGGGAUAUCGUUCCAUGGGAGAAUCGUUACGAGAAGCUCUGGGUAGAGGUGGAGAAAAGAGAGGUCAAAUCCACCUUCAAGCACGUUGCCGGGGAAUUGAAAGAGAAGUUCGGAGAACUGCUUAAAUCGAGAAGCUCUGCUGGAGACGUCGCAGAAGACGAACCGGCCGAAUCUACUCCUGCGGAAGAAGAGUCGAGUGGUGAUGAGGACGAAGGGGAGGUCAUUGUGCGCCCAAUGGCCAGAGCGAGGAGCACCGUUCUUCUCCCCAUAGCUGAGCAGAGGGAGUCUGGACCGGAGUCCACUGACGACUCCGUAUGUGAGGACGAGAUGCCGCUCAGCGAGCCCCCGGCUACUGAGGGCAACAUGUUUCGAGAGCCGGAUCUAGGGGAAGGCCGCCCCAGAGAUGCCAUUCAUAUGGCUUCCACUGAUGAUCGAUGCGGGCCCGUGACUGAUAGGAAGCGGAGCGCAAAACUUGGGCCAUUCCAGAAGCCACAUCUGGAUCUGAUCUCGAUGGACGGCGCUGUUAAACGAGAUGAGGCUGAGAGGAAGGAUGCCAGUUCAGAUGAGGACCCUGAGGAAGUCGCCAAGUCUGCCCCCACCCCACUGGGCAGACGCUCAGGAUCUGUCCCAGGUGUUUCUGAUGAAGAGCACAAGGACCAUAUGGAAAGAUGUAAACGUGAGGUAGGGAUCUUGAAGAAUGUCUUCCUGGAUUUGAAGGAAGGAAAGGCCCAACCGGAGAAAGAGGUUGCAAAGGAGAAAGCGGCUGCAUCGGAGGUGAACAAAUCCACAACUUCCUGUGACACUGGUGGAAUGGCGUUGGAAGAAGCUGCCCCUGAGAAACCUGAGAGCAGAUCAGGAUCUCUGUCAAGUCGAGCCGGAGCGACUCACCAGGAGGAGCAGAGCGCCAAGAGCACCAACGGGGCACCGGUGCUAAUGCACUCCCCACCACAGCAGACCUACAAUAGCAGCAGGCAGGAGGGAGAAGCUGUAGAGGAGACCUUACAGCCACAGCUGGUCAGAGGCGCCAGCAGAGCCCCUCUGACCAGCGCUCAUGACAAUGGAGAUCCCCUGUCGGUGUUUGAUGAUAGCACUUUGAGUGAAUUGUCGGACGAUGAAGGAAGGGAUCCUAAAGCUGGAAAACCGAACACCGAGAACCCUGAGGAGGUCGACAUGGCUGAAGACUUUGAUGAACUCACCCAGUCAUCCGACACAGCUACAGAUGACGUGGACUCUCCCACUUCAGGCUAUCGCCACGCAUCCGUCCUCAUUCAGACGCUGGACUCGGCCACUUUGGACUCCAGAAGCAUGGUGAAGCUGCAGAACAUUUUCCACGAAUAUGAGCGCUGCAUCCAAAAGGCGAGGAGUCGCCACGGGUACCUGUCGGACAAGGUGAGCCAGCUGGAGAUGGAGAGGGCUGAGUUGAAGAGAUCCCUGGAGGAAGUUAAAGAUGUGAAAUCUGCCUUGGAGCGCAACCAGCUGGAGCUGCAGACGGAAGUCACAAACCUCAAAUUCCAGCUGAAACAGGAGGUGGAAAAUCGGCGAAACGCCACCAUGAUGUACAACACAACCAAAGAUAAGCUGAGGAGGAUGGAGGAGCAGCAGCAGUUGGAGGUGCAGGAGAGGCAGAAGGUGGAGCUCUCCCUCAGGAAUCUGCAGCUGGAGAUGAGAACCCUGGUGAACAACAUGAAACAGCUCGAAGAGGACCACAGCGAGACCCAGAGAUUGCUGGCUCAUGAGCGCAGUGCUCGGACACUGCAGGAGAAUCUGCUCAGCAGCCAUCUUCGAAAGCAGCAGGAGAUAGAGGAGGACAACAAGAGGAACAUAAGCAAAAGCAAUGAGGCCUUGUCUCAGCUCACUGAAGCCAGUGACAGGGAGCGAGAGCUGAUGCAGCAGAGUGUUACUUUGCAGGACCAGCUGACCACCCUGAGAAGUGACCACGAGCGUCUCCGUGCCAACAGCAGUCUCAAAGAGAGCCACCUUUCCGAUGAGAACGAGGCCCUCAAGGAGCAGCUAGAAGAUGUUCGGCGAGAUCUCAAACUCAACAGUGAAGCUCUGACCCAAACGGUCUUCAACUGCAACAACCAGGUGACCACCCUCAAGUCUGAGUUAGCCAUGGCGACAUCCCGUCUGGAAAUUGAGCGGCAGACCCGCGAAACCCUGGAUUCUGAGGUUGAGUCUGCUCGAAUCCGCCUGGCCGGAGCCGUGAAGCAGGCGGAGCUCUCCAUGGCAGCUCACACGGACCUGGAGCGAGUUCUGCUCCGGGAGAAGGAGGAACACCAGCGUUUUAAAGACCGAAUCACAGGUGAAGCAGCCAGUCAACGCGAGGCGAUCACCAGCUUGUCCCAGAAGCUGGCCAGGGCGGAGUCUGGUGCCAACAGCAUGGAAAAUGAGGUUCAUCGGGCCACACUGCAGCUGACAGAGAAAAGCCUCUUGCUGGAGGUCCUGCAGCGGGAGAAGGACCAGGGGGCUGCACGUAUCAAGGAGCUGGAGUCGGCCCUGCAGUCCGAGAGGGAGCAGAUUGGCCGCGUCGGGGCGCGCCAGGAGGCUGCGCAGGAGCGGCUGGCACAAACCCAGAGCGAGGGCAUGCUGCUGCGGCAACAGCUCGAGGAGGCCCAAAACAAAGGCGUCGCAAAAGAGCGUGCUGUGACGGACGCCCAAGAGCGCUUCAGCGACAUCCUGGCCCAGCUGCGCUCGGACAGCGAAGAGCGAGUACAACUAGUGGAGGAGAGGAGUAAGGAGCUCGCCAGUAAGGCCGCCGAUCUCCGAGAUCAAAUCUACAGAUUAGAGGAAGAGAAGAACGAAAGAGAGACUAGUCUGAGGCAGCUGCAGCAGGAGCUGGCUGACUCACUCAAGAAGCUGUCAAUGAGUGAGGCUUCCCUGGAGGUCAACACCCGCUAUCGCAACGACCUGGAGGAGGAGAAGGCCCGUCUAUUUAAAGACUUGGACAGGGUCAAAGGAAAGCUAGAGGAAAGCGAAGACCAGUAUGUGCAAGCCGAGAAACGUAUCAACUGUCUGAAGAACGUUCUGGAUGAGAAAGAAAAGGAACUCGCCGCUGCUGCUCAGAGACACCAGGCGGCGCUGUCUGCCUCGGCAGCUUCUGAGAUCACCAUCAAACAGCUGGAGGAGGCCAUGCAACAGCUGGAGAUAGAGAACGCCAGGCUGGAAGCUGCUGCAAAGCAACAGUCCAACAAAAUUGAGACACUUCAGAAAGGGGCCCAGGAGUCUGCAAUGCUAUCUGACUGUGCACCUGGAGGAGGGGUUUGUAUUGUGGAUGUUAGAGGUCAUUUGGAGGACUUGGUUUCAAACCUCCAAAGCAACAAGAUGAAUUUGGAAGACCAACUCACUCGCGAGGUCCAGAAGCGAGGGACGCUGUCUCACACGGCCCAGGACUCUCAGGCGCUGUGGGAGGAGGAGCUGAAGAGCCGCUCUAAGUUAGGACUGCGACUGGCGGAGCUUGAAAAGGAAAAGGGAGACCUAAGCACCCAGAUGGAAAUAGAAAAGAAGAAAGCCAAGAAAAUAGCGGAGCAGAAGAAGGCUGUAGACAUCCGGCUGGAUCAGGAGAUGAAUAGAAACACAGACCUUCAAAAAGAAAUGUACAGGUUUCGUACUUUAUUGAAGACUGCAAAGAAGAAGUUGCGGGAUCAGGAAACCGGUGGAGCGGAGUACGGCUCUCCUAUCAGCGGCCUACAGACGGACCAAGGCCGGCAGGGCCAGGCCGAGGGGGCCUUCGGACUAAUGAAAGAAAGGCUGGACGAUCUGCAGCUGCAGCUGAAGAAGGAAGGCUCCCGUCGCAGCCAGCUGGAGAAGGCGAACAGCGACCUCACGGACCAGCUGGCCUCCCUGAAGAGCUUGAGCUGCAGUAAUGACCAACUGGAGAGGAGCAGGAGGCAGCUGGAGGAGGAAGUACUGGACCUGAGACGCCGCAUGGAGGCCUCUCAGAUGGACCAGAGCCAGGUGGAGCGGGUUCGCCAGGAUGCAGAGGAGCGGGCCCGCCAGGAAAUAAACCAGAAACUGGAGCAGGUCAACAUCUUCCUGCAGUCCCAGGCAGCAUCCCAAGAAGCACUGGAUCAGAUCAAAGCCACCAAUGAGGCCAACCUGCGCUCCCAGCUGGAGCAGAAGAUCCGGGAGCUGGAGGGGGAGCUGGGCCGGGCCCGCACCACCCAUCACGACAGCCUCAGCCAGAGAGACUCCACCCGCGCAGAGGUCGAGCGGCUUCGCCAUCUCUACGCGGAGGAGCUGCGCCUCCGCAAGUCCCUGGUGGCCAAGCUAGAGAGGGCCAACAGUCGACUCGCAGAAGCCAAUUCCAAGUUGCUGAUCACCAGCAGCCUAGCAAACGGUAGCCUCGGGGGGCCCUCGCUGGACGUGGGCUCUCUGGGUUCACCGGCGCACUACGGGGCCACACUGGGGCCCCUCAACAGGAGCCUUGGCCUGGGACGCUCCCUCCUCAGCCCUGUGACUGACGGGCAGAGCAGCCGGGUGGAAGACUACCUAGCCAAGAUGCAGAGUGAGUUGGACAAAAACAUUUCAAAAGAACUAAACAACGCCGCAGCGGAGCUGGACGUGAGUGCGGCCCGUCUGUCCCCCGUGGGGUCGUCCUCCAGGGGGGAGCUGGACCCCGCCAGCAGGGCCACGCAGCAGUACUUGGAGGUACUAAAGAAGAACCGUAUGAUCUGAACACGGCUCACAGCGGCUCUGCGUCCACGUUUCUGCCGUUAAAAACAAACUUUUACGUAUUGUCAAAUGACAUCAAGCUUUGUGCGUUUUCCUCUCCCUUCUUUUAUAAUGCACACUGCAUUAACCACUGGGGAGCAAAGGGCGUGAGUCACUCAUAUGUAUACCUAUAUUAUGCAUACAUAUAUAUACACGUUGAUAUGUAUAAUUAGCGAGGACCUCCAAAAGUAUUUCUUCCGUCUGGCUAAUUCCAUUGCGUCUGUAAGUUUUCUUUUUAUUUGGACAGUAAUGGUUUGAAAUUUUAUUUGUGGAAAUUGCUGUUGCUGAAUUGAUGCCGGUGCGCAAGUAUUUGAUGUAUAGAUCAUUCAUCAUUUUGCUAAGAUAUUACAUCUGGUACGUGCCAUCAAAUGGUGCAAUAGACUCAGUGGAGUAUUGUGUUUAUAAUUAUUCACUAAUAUUUGUUUUAUGAUAUACUUGAAUAAGACGAGCUGGAAUACUCUGGCUAUUGAAACAGGGUGACUACAUCUAUACAACUGUCAUUUCAACUUCCGGUUCGCUUCCUUUUCUGGGCCAUUAAAAGUUCAUAAAUACUGUAAUAGAUGACGUAUAGGAAACGUUUGACACGUGUACAUUACAUAAAGAUAAAAAAAGCUGUUUGAGUGUUGA